UGGCAAAGAAGCCUGUGAUUGGACAAGCUGAGAGGAAGCGGUGUGGCUAAGGAGGAAGCACGUUAGCCAUGUCAAUGUGAACGGACCAUGGAUAGAUUUGUCUAAUUUUGACUUAAAGUUCAUCGUUAUAUUGUGUUUGCUCUUUUAGGAAACAUGGCUUGUUUCUUUAGAAGAAGAAUUGCAGAGAAGCUGGGUAGGACGCUAAAGCAACCGGAGGACGCCUUCAUACCAGCGCUGUCAGCAGUUCCAGUUUUUAAGAAACAGAAGACCGCUGACUUCAAACUGUCAGUGAGCACGUUACGAACCGAAGGGAUCUUACCAUCCAGUGGAGACAUUCAGCUGCAGACAGAAAACCUGGCCACUCAGCUGAAGCAGGACAGUGUGGUGGAACACAUAUCUGCUGACUGUGGAGUGAUCAACUUUACAGUAAAUCGCAAGCUUCUUGUCCAGAAAAUUUUGGAGCCACUUGGGAAGCAGGAGGGUGAGAAAUUUGGGUUAGAUAGUGAACUUUUCAGUACCCUCAAGAGAGGAACAACAUUAGUGGAAUAUAGCUCCCCAAAUAUUGCCAAAAAGUUCCAUGCUGGACACUUGCGGUCUACAAUUAUCGGUAACUUCAUUGCCAAUCUAAAGCAGUCCCUAGGAAACAACGUUAUUCGAAUGAACUACCUUGGAGACUGGGGUAUGCAGUUUGGUUUUCUAGGAGCCGGGUUCGGCCAGUUUGGAUGUCAGGAGAAAUUAAAACAGAAUCCCUUACAGCAUCUGUUUGAGGUGUAUGUCCGAGUCAACAAGGAAGCAGAGCACAAUGAGGAUAUGAAGCAGGCUGCCAGAGACUUCUUUAGACAGCUGGAGCAGCAUGAGAGCCAGGCCGUGUCGUUAUGGCAACAGUUCAGAGAGAUCACAGUGAAGGAGUAUCAUCACGUUUACAAGCGGUUAGGGGUCCACUUUGACAUUUACUCCGGGGAGUCCGAUCACCAAGAUCAAGCCCAGAAAGUGGUGGAGCAGCUGCAGAGCCAAGGCCUGAUGAAAACCUCUGAGAAGGGAACUGGUGUAGUGGAUCUUUCCCCUGACGGAGACAUGAGCAGCGUCUGUACAGUGCUCCGCAGCGACGGCACAACGCUCUACAUCACCAGAGAUCUCGCUGCAGCCAUCGACCGAAAACACAAGUACCACUUUGAUGAGAUGAUUUAUGUGACAGAUAAAAGUCAAGCGAAUCACUUCCACCAGUUGUUCCAGAUCCUGCUCGCUAUGGGACACUCUUGGGCUGACAGGUGUCGGCAUGUGCCUUUCGGCCUGGUGCAGGGCAUGAAGACCAGGACCGGUGAGGUGGUGUUUCUGGAGGACGUGCUGGACGAAGCUCGAGCCCGAAUGUUAGACAACAUGAGCCAAUCAAAAACAACAAAGGAAAUGGACGACCCAGAGGGCACAGCAGAGAAAGUGGGGAUCAGUGCACUAAUAGUCCAGGACUUCAAAGGUCCCCUGCACACAGACUAUAAGUUUGACUGGGACAGGAUGCUGCAGGCUCAGGGAGACACGGGCGUCUUCCUCCAGUACACACACGCUCGACUCUGCAGUUUAAAACGGAGGAAUGAGGGCAUAGAGUCAUCUACACUCGAUCCAUCCCUUUUACUUGAGCAGACCAGUAUCAGCAUCCUGCAGCACCUCCUUCGCUAUGAUGAGGUGUUGUACCAGUCGGCCCAGGAUCUGCAACCCAAACACCUAGUCAACUUCUUACUGAAGCUGUGCCACCUGGUCGCCUCAGCACACAGAGAGUUGCCAGUAAAAGGAAGCCGUCAGGAUCUCGCAAAGGCAAGGUUACAACUGUUCAGCAGCGCCUGCUCAGUCCUGGCCAACGGGAUGAGGAUCCUCGGCAUCACACCAGUUGAUAAAAUGUGAAACUCACCAAAGUUUGUAAUGACUUAAUUACUGUUAUUUUACUGCUGUAGUUUAUUUGUACUGUAAAUAAGGAGCCUUACAUUUUAAAAAUAAAAU